AUGGUGCAAAAACGUAGAAACCGGAGAACCGCCACGUACCCAACCACGACUGACGAUUCUGAGGAUGCCGGAGAGGCAACUGACACUUCAACAACAACUACCGCCACUCAAGCGACCGUUACUAGUCAAUAUCCUCCGACUCCCACCACCUCACACCCUCCAACCUUGCCAAAGUUAAAGCAACCUAUAAGACAGGGAAUAAGACAAGGGAUAGGAAAACAAGCUUCUUUUAGUUCCCAAUCGCGACGAAAAAACAGUGCAACACCUGAAGACGUGGAACAAAUCGUCAAUGAAACAUUCUUUUUGAAACAUGAAGAGCCGAAAACCUUUUUGACACGAAAACGUGUUGUAUUCACUGCUGGUCUUUUCUUUGGCUUAGCGAUAGCCUGGGCCUUUACUGAACCAACCACUGUUAACCAAUUUCAAAAUAUAUCAAACUUCAUUGCUGGUUCGCUACAUGACCUCGAUUUCACCAGUAUUUUGCCGGCGAAUAUUUUGGUCGAGGAAUUGUUAGGGAAUGUUACCAUGUACUUAAAGCCGAAUAUACUGGAAGAUACAGAAUUCAUGCCAGGAUUAAAAUUAGCCGAAAAAGGGUUAAAAGCGAAAUUUCCGGUGAUUUUAAUCCCAGGAAUCGUUUCAACGGGAUUAGAAAGCUGGAGCACCUCCAAUUGUUCUCAAAAAUAUUUUCGAAGACGAAUGUGGGGUACCACAACCAUGUUUCGUGCCGUUCUGCUGGAUAAAGAAUGCUGGAAGGAACAUAUGAAAUUAGAUCCAUCUACAGGAUUAGAUCCUCCAGGAGUUAAAUUACGUGCAGCUCAAGGUCUUGAUGCUGCUGAUUAUCUGUUUCCUGGUUAUUGGGUAUGGGGUAAAAUGAUUCAAAAUUUCGCGGCCAUUGGAUAUGAUUCCAACAACAUGCAUUUAGCUGCGUAUGACUGGAGAUUAUCUAUAUAUAACCUAGAAGUGAGGGAUAAAUAUUAUAGUAAACUUAAAAGCAACAUAGAAAUGUUCAAAAAACUGGAUGGUAAAAAAAGCGUAUUGAUUGGACAUUCGUUAGGCUCCACGGUUGUAUUGUAUUUUCUGAAAUGGGCUGAAUCCCCACUGGGUGGAAAUGGUGGUCCGAACUGGGUAAAUGAUCAUAUUGAAUCUUUUGUAAAUAUUGGUGGACCUUUGUUAGGCCUUCCGAAAGCUCUGUCUGCGCUUCUUUCUGGUGAGAUGAGAGAUACAGUAGAAUUGGGGGCUUUUGGAAUUUAUGUUCUUGAACGUUUCUUCUCGAAACGAGAACGCGCCGAACUUUUCCGAACAUGGGGAGGCCUUGCAUCUAUGCUUCCAAAAGGAGGCGAAGCCAUUUGGGGAAACGCUACACAUGCUCCUGAUGAUAAGAAAUAUGGAGAUCCAGAUAAAAAAGAAUCAUUUGGUCCAAUGCUGACGUUUAGAUCAUUCCCGCGAUUUAUUAAAAACCUCACUAAAUCUUCGCCUGACAAAUCAUCAUCACCUGAUGGCCCUCAACUCGUACAUCAUCAUACCAGCACAGCCGUUGUGACUUUUCUUCAACAACAUGCAGACAGAUUAUUCAAAAGAAUGUUGUCCACGAAUUAUAGUUUUGGUCUUACUGAGAAUAAAGGAGAUUUUCGUGAUAAUGUUGAUCAUACCAAAUGGUCAAAUCCGCUGGAAUCCCAACUUCCAUAUGCACCAGAUUUGAAAAUAUAUUGUUUAUAUGGAAUAGGGAAAGAUACAGAACGUCGUUACUAUUAUUCACAUGAUGGUGUGGGAACGGAUGAUGAUUGUGAAGGAUGCGACAAGGAUGAUCGCCAUGGUUCGAAGAGGGUUAAACGGGAUUGGAAUGUAUUUAUUGAUAGUUCGAGAAAUGCCGACGAUCAAGGUCUAAAAAGUGGCGUACAUAGUGGAGAAGGCGAUGGCACAGUUCCACUUAUGUCUUUGGGUUAUAUGUGUGUCAAAGGAUGGCAAAAUAAGUUAUACAAUCCAGCUGGGAUAAAAGUGAUUACUCGGGAAUUUGUGCAUUCAACUACUCCAUCGUUGGAUCUACGUGGUGGCUCAAAAACAGCGGAUCAUGUUGAUAUUCUAGGAAAUUAUGCAGUUACUGAGGAUGUCUUACGAGUCGCAUCUGGUUAUAGCGACUCAAUCGAAAACAAUAUUCAUUCUAAUAUCGAAAAAUAUUCAGAACGAGUUGAACUUUGA